ACAUUAAUCUUUCUUCUGCUAUAAUUUCUAACAAAUAACGUCGAGAAAAUCAGAGAGUGAUUGUUUAUUUAUUUAUUGUUUGAUUUUGGUAUAUAAAUUGUUAUUAACAAAACUGAAAAUGUACGGGAAUGGGCCGGUGUUCAAGGCGGAGGGGACGUCGUUCCGGGAUCAACCAUACGCCGAACAGCUUCCUCAAGGACUAUGGACCACCGGUCUUUGUGAUUGUCACGAAGAUGCUCACAUUUGUGUUCAGACAGCUAUAAUGCCAUGCGUUUCCUUCGCUCAAAACGUCGAGAUCGUAAACAGAGGAACCAUACCUUGUAUGAACGCUGGUUUGAUUCAUCUAGCGUUAGGCUUUAUUGGUUGCAGCUGGCUCUACGCUUUUCCAAGCCGGUCUAGGCUUAGGGAACAUUUCGCAUUGCCUGAGGAACCAUGCCGUGACUUUUUAGUCCAUCUCUUUUGCACCCCAUGUGCUAUAUGCCAAGAGUCCCGAGAACUCAAGAACCGCGGUGCUGACCCUUCUAUUGGAUGGCUUUCGAAUGUAGAGAAAUGGAGCCGAGAGAAAGUAACACCUCCCAUAGUUGUACCUGGCAUGAUUCGAUGAUACUUUCACGCAAUGCAGCCAUUAUCUCUUACGGUUUUAAACUUUUCUGUAGAUCUUGUAAGCUUGUGGUGUUUCUCAGUUUAGCUAGGGAAAGAAAAAUAAAAUAACGAUGAUUGA